CAGCAUCCUGGGGCGAAGGGGAUCUGGACCAGCAGCAGAGAUCUCCUCCAGCGUUUCCUCCCGGGGAUCCUUGGAGACAAGUGGAGUGGCAGACUGUGAGGGCUAAUCUGGAGAGAAUUAAGAAGACACAACGUUGGCAUCUGGGAGUGUGCAGAGUUCCUGAAGGACAGACUUCACCACCAGACAGGAAAAGACACGGAUCUCACAUUCUCCUAAUCCGUUGUGCUUCUUAAGUUACCUUGCAUGUAGUCAGACAGGUCCAAUUGUUCGCAUGCUUUAUAUGCUCCUAAUAACCUCUUAAGCAGGUCAACUAUUAUAACAAACCGAUCAGGUUUUUCCAUUCUUGCAACAAUAACAAAGUAGCUCAGAAAAACCGCCAGCAACCCACAGGAAGCUUUUCCCCACAUGUUAUACCCUUGUUUUGUGCUCCCCCCACCCCCCCCAAGUACAAUUAUGACUAUAAUGUGCAACCUUUUUUUCCCUUUCUGGCCCAGUUUCUCUGCUCAUAAGCCAACAGUGCUGUGUGCAAACCCCCAAAUGAUUUAUUUUUAAAAUUAAGGUUAAGAUUUGCUACUUGCAUUCAUAUUCACAAAAACGGACCAGAUGUGCGUAGCUGCUUUGUCAAAUUGCUGGCAUCUCCAUGAAUAGUCUGUUCUUUGUCCUGCCAUUUGGAUUUUUAUUUAUUUUUUAUAAAAAAAGGAUUUGAAAUAAAACAAUUAGCCGUGGAAACAGAAGGACAGCGUAUUGCACACCAUCCAGUUUGGCUGAAAGAUCCAGAACAGUUGGAAAAACUCAACCAGAGUUAUGAAAUUAUUGAUUAAUUUGUCUUGGCUUUAUUUCCAGUAGUAGGGAAGAACCUGAGCCGUUUCCAGAGAUAAAGGAAGCCGUCCUUCUGAAUCCACCUGCUGACAACAGUUCUGCCUUCAGGAGUUCUGGUUAGAAAAAGCUCGUUUUUGGGAGGAUACCUCCCACCGCUGGGCUGAGCAGGCGGAGGAGGGGAGGUCCUUUGGCUGCAGGAGAGCAGAGAGGCCUCCCGGGUGCUGCCAGCGCCAUGGCUCGGCUGGAUGUAACCGAGGUCUUUGCCAACAUACGCCUGCCGGGACACCUCCACACCGAGAGCUCCCUCCACUUCGCCAGCCACUUUGAGUUCCAGGACACGGACGUCCUCCUCGUCACUUACCCCAAGUCAGGCACCACGUGGAUGCAAGAAAUCCUCUCCUUGAUCUACAGCAACGGCAACCUCCAACCCAUAAAGACUCUUCCCAACUGGGCCCGGGCUCCCUGGGUGGAGCACACCUAUUUCCAAGAGCAGCUUCAGCACAUUGGGUGUCCUCGGCUCCUCACCACCCACCUGCCCCAGUCAGUGUUGGCACCUGCCCUGAAGAAAGCUAAGCCCAAGGUGAUCUAUGUGGUCAGGAACCCAAAAGAUGUUGUUGUGUCCUACUACCAUUUCCAGAGAAUGGCCAAGUUUUUCCCUGACCCAGCUUCCUUUGAAGGCUUCCUUCACGAUUUCAUGGCUGGCACCGUGCACUACGGAUCCUGGUUUGAGCACGUGAAGGGCUGGCUCGGCUGCCAAGAAGAGCUGGACCUCUUCUGCAUCUCCUAUGAGGAGCUCCAUCAAGUUGGCGACUGGAGGAACCACUUCUCCCCCGAACAGAGCGCUCGAUUCAACGAGAAAUACCAGCAGGAAAUGGGGGGCCACCCCUGGCCCUUCCGGUGGGACAUGGACUGAGAGCAGCUGCUCCGAGGCCUCGAUUGGCCUCUGCUUGUCUUAGGACGGCAGCUCCGGCAUCGGACGGCCUCCCACUGGGAAGAGGAACUGGGAAGUUGCCCAGCAAGAGAGAAUUCUUUCUCAUUUGCUUUUUAUGAAGAAAAGCAGGGGACCAAAUCGUUUCUUUUGAGGAAGGGGGGAAGGAAGGCCACCAGCGAGACAGUUUCCGUGCUUAGAGUUAAGGGCUUGCUUGAGUCACACCAGUUGCUGGAAAUCUUCUUUUCUUUCUUCAAUAAACCUGACUUAUUUGCAGUGUCCCUAGUGGUCCCCCCCCCCACUGCUUGUGCAGAGAGAGAGAGAAGAGUAGGCCAAAGACCACUGGAGGCCUCCCCUCCUCUCUUCCUGGCAAGCAAAGGGGGCUUUUUGGUGGGGUCUUAAACGGGCUUUCAGUGAGCUGGCGAGCGCACAGCUGCACAGGCAUCCUUUGGCAGCUGCCUUUCCAGAUGUGCCUGCCCCCUUUCCUCUUCUGCAAAUGGACUGGCCAAAGUGUAGCAUAAGAAGGGCCCAUUGUCCCCAGUACACAGCAGGGUAUUGUCCAGGAUGAGAAGGACAGCCGGGUCUGCCAUUCUAGAGCACAACCACCAUGGAGACGCCAACAGGAGACACACUCAAGUAACCGCCUUCCUCUGGGCCUUUCUCCAGAUGUGCCACAGCUUCUCCCUCUCCUGCCAUCCUGUCCUCAGGGGAGUGGGUGGGAACUCCAGCUGAAUGUGCUUGGAGGGGAAGACCAGGCUGGGAGAGGACCUCCUCUAGACUCCGUGUCCAACCGAUGAAACAUGGGGACUCCAUGGGUGGAAAGCACCUUCUCCGGUCCAGCCCUGCAGAGAAGCCAGCAGUGUGGAAGAGAGCAGGAAACCUCGUCCUCUUUCACUAUUAAGGUUUUCUGCUGAAAUCCUGUGGUGGGAAGCAUUUUCCUCCCCUUCUGUCCCUGGGGAUGUUGUCCUGGCAGAGGAACCAGAUCCUCAGUGGCAACUUCCUCCAGGUAACUCAAAUUAUUGCUUAGUAAUACCGCCUCGCCCCCCCCUUCACCAGGCUUCCCUUCAUCCCAGGAAGACGCUGCAGUGGGGACACAUAUUAAAUCCAAAGACCUUUAUUUUUAUUUAAUACAGCUAAAUGUCAUCUUUAAUAUGUUUUAUCCAAGAAAGUACAGUAAACAGUUCAAUAAAGGCAAGAUGAAAAGGG